AUGCAUUGCAACCACCCAGACCCAAAUAUUGACCCCUAUUGUUUCGGUUCCCCUCCCGUGUUUGGUAGCGGGUCAGCUUUUGGGGCCAAACCUACUUUCGGGUCCCCCCCAAGUUUUGGGGGUUUUGGGUCGGCUGCUUCACCUGGGUUCGGCUCAUCAGCGGCACCGAGUGAAAAACCUUUUGGUUCCGCUGGAGGAUUUUCAUCAUUCGCAAAUUCUGAUACCCCUGGGUUUGGCUCCUUGGCUGGAAACACUGGAGGUUUUGGAUCUGGAAACACUGGAGGUUUUGGAUCUGGAAACACUGGAGGUUUUGGAUCUGGAAGCACUGGAGGUUUCGGAUCUGGAAACGCUGGAGCUUUUGGAUCUGGAAACACUGGAGGUUUCGGAUCUGGAAACACUGGUACUUUUGGGUCUGGAAACACUAGUGGUUUCGGAUCUGGAAACACUGGAGCUUUUGGAUCUGGAAACACUGGAGCUUUUGGAUCUGGAAACACUGGAGCUUUUGGGUCUGGAAACACUGGUGGUUUUGGUUCGUCUGCUGCCCCUUCUUUUGGUUCAAGUUUUGGUUCAUUUGGUUCACAACAACAACAACAGCCACCAGGCCAACCAAGGUGA